UUCCAUUCAGACUCCAUGAAGGACGUGAUGGAUUUCUAUAACUUCAUGUCACCUCGGCCGGAGGAGGCAGCUAUGAGGCAGGAGGUGGUGAACCGGAUAGAGAUGGUCAUCAAGGAGCUUUGGCCUACUGCAGAUGUCCAAAUAUUUGGCAGCUUCAGCACAGGCCUUUACCUUCCAACAAGUGACAUUGACCUAGUGGUGUUUGGAAAGUGGGAACGUCCCCCGCUGCAAGAGCUAGAACAAGCUCUUCGCAAACAUAACGUUGCAGAACCUUUCUCCAUUAAAGUGCUGGAUAAGGCUACAGUGCCAAUCAUCAAGCUGACAGACCAGGAGACCGACGUGAAGGUGGACAUCAGUUUUAACGUGGAGACCGGAGUCAAGGCGGCAAGCUUCAUAAAAGACUACGUAAAGAAGUAUCCAGUGUUGCCUUACCUGAUCUUUGUUCUGAAGCAGUUUCUACUGCAGAGAGAUCUAAAUGAGGUCUUCACCGGGGGCAUCAGCUCUUACAGCCUCAUCCUCAUGGUUAUCAGUUUCCUACAGCUCCAUCCUCGUAUCGAUGCCAGAAUCCCCAGUGAGAACUUGGGGGUGCUGCUGAUCGAGUUCUUUGAGUUAUACGGCCGCCAUUUCAACUACUUGAAAACAGGGAUUCGCAUAAAAAAUGGAGGCGCAUACAUAGCCAAAGAGGAGAUGAUGAAGGCCAUGACAAAUGGAUACAGGCCAUCCAUGCUCUGCAUAGAGGACCCACUACUUCCUGGUAAUGAUGUGGGGAGGGGUUCCAAUGGGGCCAUCCACGUCAAGCAGGUGUUUGACUGCUACACUGUUCUGAGUCAUGCUGUGUCUCCACUUGCCACGGUCUUAUCCCACAAAGACUGUGAAAGCACGUUGGGAAGGAUAAUCAGGUUGACCCAGGAAGUGAUCGACUACAGGGAAUGGAUCAUUAAGAAGUGGGGGGGAAGAGACUUGGCGCGAAUUGACAACACAGUGUCACCUCCCAAGGAGCCAGUGCCGGAGCAGGAGUCCUGUGUGCUGGGUGGCGGUGUCGGGUCUGAAGAACAGCAAAGGGACUCUGUGUCACCCCAUAGUGCAGACUCUCCAAUGUCCAUCUCUAGCCCUCAGCAGCACUCGUCAGCCUCAUCAGUCUCCUCACUGUCUGGAUCUGACAAUGACUCUGAUUCAGCGUUGCCGUGCCCCCCACCCUCUCCAACCCUCCCAGCGUACCCGUCCUUUCCAGCUCUCGGCCUAGCUUUACCACCAGGCCUCAACAUGGGCACCGGCAAGCCUGGCAUAGGAGGACACCAUCUGCUCAUGCCUCCAGGUUCACAGGCUCGCGUCUCACUGCCCGGUGGUCUAGCAAUGCACUCCAUACCUGGCAGACAGGUGUGUAGACACCGGGCUCCCCCCUUCUUCCACAUGCCCCCCCCAGCUCAUGCUCAUGCCCCUGCCCCUUCCAGCCCCCAGCCUCCGCCCAGCCCCCACUCCAGCCACACACACAAGAAUGGAGUCAAGUUCAACGUGAAGGGCUUCCACAACCCACCGCUGGUCAACAACGCUGUUCUGGCUAACCGCGGACACACACACGCUCACACGCACACACAGUAUCACCGCAACACUUGGCGACGCAGGAAGAGGGACAGCCUGCCGGUUAGCCUCAGCAGAUAGAAACCACUCCGCUCCCCCCAACUUUUCCUCCUCCUCUCUGGCUGCAAACCCUGGCUCUUCGUUCGUCUUGAAGGAGGAUGGACAGGCAGGCAGAGAACUAGAGACCAGCAGUUUUCACUCUGAGGCUGCCUCAUCUUGGAGCAGCUCUCAGCUCUGCAUCUUCCUCCUACUAUCUGUACCUUUCCAUUUCUGCAUGACUUUUAUUCACAGUUUUUUUUUUCUUUAUUUCAGUAUUAUGUUACACUCAGUAUUGUGUUUUCCUCAUCCGCGUUUCAUUUCUUUUACGGUUUUUGUUAAUUUUUGUUGGACUUGGUGGCGAUGGCGUUGCAAAGUUCCCUUGACCUCGUCUUGACCCUAGCAGCCAAGCUACCUGUGGGUCAACAUUACUUUUUUUUUUUUUUUUUUUUUAACAGUUGCUUAAGAACAAACAGUUUUCAUUUUGUGCAAUAAUGUUCUUUUUCUUUUUGAAACAAAAGUUAAAGCUUAUUUAAUUUUGUGUGUGUGUGUGUAUAUGCAAAGGCAUUUUAUACUGUUAUUUUAUUUUUGUAGAGUUUUAAAUUUUGUUUACGAAAACCUUUCCCGUGGCAGCAUCUCUAGAGUGUGUAUGUGCUCAUCACUUUGUGGUUCUGUGUGAGUGUGUGCAGGAGUGUGUGUCAGUCAUCAGGUUGAGAUGGACCCCAGUUCAGAGGCCCCCCCCCCUCCUCUUCCUGUCUCCACUUUUUAAAUGUGGUGUUCGAUUUGAUUCAGAGACGCGAUAGCAGAAAGGGAUUAGGAGUGCUCGUCUGGUUAUUCCUUCAAUGUUUCUUCUGGUUGUCUUGUGAAAGUGGGUGAGGUAAACAAUAAAUUCCCCACGGAAGUUUUGUUCCUCAAUCCAGUUAGUCUAAGACAUGCUGGAGAGAAGUGGAGGGAUGAAAAUUGCACCCUGGGAUAUUCUGAGAAAUGAGGGGAGAGGAUGUACUCCUGGUUUUGACCUGAAAGAGCAGUACUCCAGCAGUGCCACCUGGAGAUUGUGUGUAUGUGUAUAUCUCUGUGUGCAUCCCUUACGGGGAUGUUUUGUUGCCAUAUUUUGUCAGUCAGGGGAAGGCUGGCGGUGGCCUGCUACUUUAGUCUUGGCCAGUUUCCACUCCACUGGAGGUAAUUUUAAAAGAAAAGCUUCCAGAGAGUGCAGGACGUUGGCCUGAGUGAACUUGUUCUGCUCAACAUAUAUGCUUGUGAGUUUCAUUUUUGUGCUCGUCUCUUUUUAAUACAUGUUGUAGGAGUGUUGGGGCCAAGAAGGCAACAGCUUAUCUGACUUGAAUUUAAAGAUCAAGAUUAGGGUAAGAGGACAGAAACCCACUGAUUCCAGGUCAGAGAACUCCUCCUAUGCUAACUUUGUCUAGAUGAGGGACAUGGUUGUGGAAAUCUGAUCCCAGAACUGAGGUCAGCUUUUGCCCACAGCUGUAAAUCAGUGCAGACCGAGAUGCUCAGAGAUAAGGUUUUCUCCUUUUGUGGUCCUGGACAAAAGAGAAGGAGGGGAGGGUUGGGGGUCUUCCUGAACUAAGGACCCUAGUGAAAGGGAACUAUAUUUUGAUUCCAUUCAGGAAUCUUGUGUAUAUUUGAUUGCCAGGUACUUCCGCUAAUUGUUUGCAAUGCCUUUCUUUGUGUUUACUUGGAGUGUGUGUACAACGUUUUUCGCGAGCACACAGUGUCACACAAAUACACACACACACUCACAGACAGGACUGUCGAAGGCUGUGACUCGCCCAGAACACUACACACGCUGGUGUUAUUACUAUGCAAGUGGAUUAUUCUAAUUAUCGUGUCAACUCCUGUAUUUUCCGUUUAGGGUUCUUUUCCAUUUUAAACACUGCUUGUUGGACUAGAGUAAUGUUACCGACUGUCAGACUCUCAAGCCAACUCAUGUGAACUACAGCCCCAUCCCCUGACCCCAUUGUAUUUGUAUGAAGUCUAAGUCAGAGUCUAGUUUUCUACAUCUACCAGUCAAAUGUAAGGAAUGGGGGGAUGUUAAUGUCAGUGGUUGGCUCUGUGUAGUGUGUGACAUAGUGAAACGUGUGUGAGAAAGUAUUGAGACUCAUGACUUGCCACCACAAGUUUUUAAUCAGACACCCGACCAUUCAUGAACAAGUGCACCCAGAGAGCGACUUGCACUCUGCAGGAGCACUUCACAGGGGGGCAAAGUGUCCACCAACAAUUCUAGACUUUUUACAGAGACUCGUUCAGUACUGUUACUCUAAUUGUUUUGUUUCUUUUUCUUUAAACCAUGGCAACUCUGAUCUGUCAAUCAAAACACAGGCCAAAUGGAUUUUGAGCUAAUCAACACCUGCAGCCGAGAAAUUCCCUUUGGAUUUUAUGAUUUCCACCCAAACAAUUACGGACACUCUGGAUGAGUGUUUUCUAAAUAAUUAUUUUCCAUCCAUGUGGAGGUGAGCAAGUUGGCAUAUUCCAUGCAGUUUUAGCCCAAUACCAAUAACCAGGUGGAUGUAGUUUGCAAGCCUGUAUAACCCUUUGAAACUACAACCCUGACAGCUUGCUUUAAGAGAUUAGAACCAGCAUUGAUGGAAAACUGAUGAUGAAAUUGGUGAUAGAAGGUUCUUGACUGGGUUAGAGUUGCCGACAUCUUAACAGAAAAGACUGCAAUGACAUGCAGUAUCCUUGGAAGUCUGUAUGGAUUCAAAUCUCUGUGCAUCUCAGCCGUCCAGUGCAGUCAAUACUCCAUGUUCACUCUUCCUCAUUGCUUUCUGUCACCUGAUGAUGGUGGAAACGGCUGAACGAAAGUCCUGGUAGUGCUCUGCCACGCUGCCCUCCCUUCUUCAGACUGAUGUUAAAGGAAGCGGGAAAAGAAAACAAGGAGAGCGACUUGGACAGCUGAGAUUUUGGUGCACACAUUUACAUGGAGAUGCAGUGUAAUAAUACCCCCAUUGCAAUACAGUGAGGGAUUUUAAACUGGCGGCUGCUGUUCAGAGAAAGACGGCAGCCUUUCAGUUGUCCUGGCUGAUUCAUGUGAGCAGUGGCCCUCAAAACGGACACCUAGCUACCCGUGGCCAGAGGAAACCACUGCCCAGCUUGUUUUAUUUUUUUUCUUUUUGUUGUUUUUUUUUUGUUGACAUUUUUAUGUAAAUAUAUUUUUUUCUAUUUUAUUUUUUAAUAAACAUUUUAAAACUGCCA